GUGGUGAAACACUACACACGCGUAGCUGCUGAAGAAACUAGAUACGUGAUGUCAGGACUGAAGAAAGGUCACAUGUUUCUCUUCCGAGUGAGCGCGGAGAACGCAGCGGGCGUGGGGCGUGCUCUAAUAAACAAGACGCCCGUGAGGAUCCGCUCGAUCAGGAUGAAGCCUUCUCCACCUGGUAAACCCGUAGUGGAAUUUAAUAACGAGGCUGGUGAUAGUGUCCACCUGUCGUGGUCUCCUCCAGAGUUAAGUGGUAGUGCCCCAAUCAGGACCUACAUAGUUGAACGUUUCGACUUGCUUUCGGACAUCUGGGUGAGGAUCAACCGUGAAGAAUUUACGUCACCAUGCUUUACCGCCACCGAUCUUCAGCCUGGGCUGGAAUACACUUUCCGCGUGAGUGCUGAGAAUGAAGUCGGAAUCAGUAAACCUGGAACGUCGUCAGAACCCGUGAUUAUCAGGACUAAACGAGUUGCAUCCCCCCCAGUAUUCACGUUAGAACUAGAAGAUGUUAAUGUUGUUGCCCAAGAUGAUGUAACGUUCUACUGUGAGUUUUCUGGAUCACCUACUCCAGAAAUUACAUGGUACAAGGGUGGUAUUGAAGUGUUCGACAGCUCACGCGUGACAAUCAACAUUGAUAACAAGUGCAGUUCUUUAAUUUUGCGGUCGGUCAAAGUGACCGAUAGCGGAAGGAUUGAAUGUCAAGCUCUCAGUUUAUCAGGGUUAGCGACAACAUGUGCGAAGUUGUCAGUUGAUGCUCCGCCGAAGAUCGUUAUGCCAUCAAGAUAUCUGAAUGGAAUGUUUUUCGAUUGUGGGGAUACGCUUUGUGUUAAAGUCAGUAUCAAUGGCAGCCCUACCCCGGAGAUAGCAUGGUGGCGCAACGGUCGCAAACUCCACGAAGACCCCAGGAUCGAGAUUCUAGUAGAUGGCGACAGAGGUAUUUUAAAGAUCCACAAUCUGGAGCCGAAUGACCGAGGCGACUAUGUUGUAGUUGUUAGCAAUGAGUUGGGAAGCUCUUCGCAAUCCUUCCAAGUUACUGUUACAGACAAGCCAGAUCCACCAGAAGGACGGCCCGUUGUUUCUGAUGUUGAUUGGAAGUCCUGCGUUUUGUCAUGGCAACCCCCGAAACAUGAUGGCGGUAGUCCAAUAACAAAAUAUGUGAUUGAGAAACGUGCAGUAAGUGUGUGAUGAAAACGAAAAAAAUGUAAAAACUAUUAUAAUGUACGAGAAAUCAAAAAUUUAAACCCAAAACAAUUAUUGUUCUGAUCAAAUCCCUGACGUUCAAAAUGGUGGCAGCCAAAGAGUGUUUGUUUCUGGUUACGUUCAAUAACAUAACGUUUAGCUUUCUAAAGUUCUGCAAGUUGUGAUUUACUAACGAGUGUGGAGGCUUACUUUUACUUUAAAUAUGAUCACACCACGUUUUGUGGUAACGAUGGAAAAUGCUGACUAACAAACAUAAACAAACAAGUUAACUGGGUACUUUAAAAAAAAGAAUCUGAUCAUU